UUUAAAUACCUUUGAUAUACUCGUGUGCACACAUACGUGACCUGUUUUAUGUGACAUCUUUAAAAAGGAAUGAUGAUACGGAAGGCAACUCACUUUAUGUUCUGACUACAUGCUGAUUUGCUUCAUGCAAAUGCAUUUGAGAGGACAGGAGAAGAAGCUUAAGGACUAGGCAUGACGUGUGGGAAAAAAUAUUUGACUCAAUAUUCACUGAUCAACAUUGAGACCCAGAACAAGAAAGGCAUGAAAUGGAUUUUUUCAUCAGAGUCUGGCAGGUGGUCUUUUCUCUCCUUUUCAGCAGCAAAUUCUAUGACUGCUACAGAGUCAGUUGUGUUGGAAAGUUGAUAGUAGACUCAGAUGUCAUCCACCUGGGCUCCAACUUAACUGUGGGUUGCCAGUCAAACACUGAGCACUGUGGCAGACACUUUGCCAUAGUCUUCAAUGGACAGACCAUUUUCGAAGCAGUUAAUUGCUCUGUAAUAAAAACACAAAUAGUCAUCAAUCAGCCCAGUUUUUGGCUACUCUGCAAGGUAAAGGAGGGAGACACAUGGUACACUGUUUGCGGUCGAGACUUCAAGGCUGGCUACCCUCCAGGUAAACCGAAAUUCAGCUGCGUCACAUACCAAAAUUCAGAGUAUGUUAACUGCUCUCUAAUGGUCACAACUGAGACAUAUUUAUUUACAGAUUUCACAGUGACAUUUCACGACAGAACUUCCCAGUUCUUCCAGUAUGCGAUGAACAAAGAUGGUCAUGUCUCUAUUCCACGAUCACUGUUUGUUGAGAACAUGACAUACAAAGUCCAUGUAAGAGGUCACAAUGCAUUAGGAGAGUCACACUCUACUUUCAACUUCUCGAUCUGGGACAUUGUGAUUCCAAACACUCCAGAGAUAACACGAGUUGUGUUUGAAAAUGGCACUCUUUCUCCUACAAUAUACUGGAAUGGUUCAGAAGAUAACCUGAAACCAAUUUUGAGGUUCAGAGAAGCACAUUAUGACCCGGACUGGCGCCUGGGAAGUGUGAAGGAGCUCCUAGAUGGAUGUGUUCUGAUGCAGGAAGCCUUAGAACCAUUGAUACUCUAUCAGUUUGAGCUGAGAGUGUGUGUUACGUCAACAAACUGCAGCAUGUGGAGUCAUCCCUUCAAUAUAACCAGCCCAGGAAUAGUACCCUCACACAAACUUGAUGUGUGGAGAGUCAACAACAGGACCAGUAAUCAUGGACCUCUGAAUGUCACAGUGUUGUGGAAGCACUAUAAACCAGAAUAUUACAGUGGAGAAAUGUUAUAUUACAAGUUAUCUUAUAAAGAAGAAGGCAAGAUCCAUGAACUGAAUUGCUCAGCUCAUGUCACUCAUCAAACUCUUCAGCUGAGCACAGCAGAGGUUAACGUAAGUGCUGUGACAGCAGCUGGUUCCUCCCCACCUGCACCUGUAAGCUUGACAUAUACAGGUAAACCAGCCCCCAUGAUAACACAUUUAGUUCCAGCAGCAGGGGGCAGUAUGCUUCUAGCAUGGGAUGUGUCUCAUUACAGUGAGGAGGCGAAGGGCAUUCUGGGUUUUGUUGUGCAGUGGCAACAGAGCCCAGUACACUUAGAAUGGAGGAGAUUAGGAAAAGAUUAUAAUAUCACAUUCCUACAAGGUAUGCGAGCCGGUGUCCUGUAUAACAUUUCAUUAUAUACUGAAGAAGCCAGUGGAGUUUCAGACCCUGCAUUUGUUCAGGUUUAUGCAAAGGAAGAGAGUAAGUUUGCAAUUUUUCCUCUCUUGCUUUCAUCCUCUGUAGAGGGGGAGCUGGAGGUCAUUUGGCUCUGCAGUGAGCAACAAAAAAAGUACAUAACAGCCAUUAUGUUCUGCUGGAAGAAACACUCUUCAUCUCCUAAUGUUCUAUGUGUUCUUGCAGAAACUGUGCCUUAUGCAUUUCCUAGACCUUUGAGUUGGGAGUUGCAAGGCCAACAGGAGUGUUUCGAUAUCCUGGUCUCUGCAUGGAAUUCUGCCGGUGAAGGGCCCAAAGGAAAACCUGCCACUUGCUGUUGUCACAGCAAACUAUCAUACCAAACUGGUUCAGACGAGACAACAGGUGGAAUGAUAGCUGGAAUUUGUUUGGCUGCUGCUGUUCCUAUGGUGAUCCUGGCCAACCUAAUGUACCUGAAAUGUGUGCGGCAAAGAAUGAUGAAAAUGUGCAUGUCCAUUGGAGUUUCUUGGAUUUUCGAAAAUCUACCGAAAUUUGAUAACAGCAAUGCUAUAAAACUACUAAAGGACGACAUCUAUGGCCCUUGGGGAGCUCUUCCUGGAGACAGCGAUCCUCCCUUAACUCCCAUUGAGGAAGUCUGUCUGUCUUUGGAGAGGCAAGACUCUUAUCCAACUGUGCUUCAUGUCACAGAAAUGCCCACGACAGACCUGUUUUGCAUUGAUUCUCCUUAUAAAGCUCAGCAAUUGACAGCUUCACAGAGAAAUGAAGACUUCCCUGAGACUACAGAGGAAGAGGACCAAUUCCCUUUGUUGGUGUCUCCAUCACAUCAUGACUUCAGCUGGGAUUUAACCUGUAUUCCCGUGAUACACGGGCGUCUUAAUAGCUUCUUAGCUAUGGAUGGAGCACUGGGAUCUUUGGGCAUUCUUGAAGACCUCCUCGCUCCCCCUCAGACAGCCUCCAAUGAGGACGGAGGAGUGGAAGAGAAUGAGAGGAUUGUGGAAACAGGAGAUGUAAAUCAGAGCACUUUCACAAGUCAAACUGUACAACCCACUGACCUGGAGAGCUGCCUCAGAGGGCCUGUCUUUGAUUCCAGCCCAUACUCCCCACAAGGGCUUUGCCAGAGUUUUUCAGUUCCAGAAGAGGGUUAGGCACUCUUUAGAACACAUUUUUAAGAAAUAUCAUGUGGCAAGAGUACUUCUGAACUAUAUGCGCAUGGCUGUGAUUUAGUCAUAAACACAAGCAUAUACAGGAUCUUGUAUGACAUCAUCUUGUACAUAAAGCAUUAAGUUUUUUUCAAUUAUUUUACAGUGAUGAAUACUCUAUUUUUUCUGUAUUGUCUACAUGUUGUCUGCUAUUUGGUGGCUUUAGUCAGAUACAUCUAAAACACAUUAUGGUUUCCGCUCACUCUGCGGAUAGUAUCUAAAAUAAGUACUGUACUGUAUGUUGCUGAUCGAGUUAUUCAUAGUAACUUCUUCCUCUUGAAUGCUGUUUUGAUACAAAAUAAAAGAUACAUGACUGACACACUGCACUUUUUUCUGCUUAAUUGUACUGAAUGUGCAUUUGUAGUGUACU